UUGUAUUGUUUUGAGGAUCGGGGAAAUCGGCGGGUUGCAUUGAGGCCUGAGCUUACACCUUCUUUGGCAAGGCUGGUGAUACAGAAAGGAAAAUCUGUUUCCCUUCCGCUGAAAUGGUUUGCUGUUGGGCAGUGCUGGCGUUAUGAGAGAAUGACAAGGGGACGUCGUCGUGAGCACUACCAGUGGAACAUGGAUAUCAUAGGUGUACCUGAAGUUAUGGCCGAAGCGGAACUUCUUUCUUCUAUUAUCACUUUUUUCAAAGGAAUUGGAAUCACAUCAUCAGAUGUAGGGUUUAAGGUUUCAAGUCGAAAGGUUUUGCAAGAAUUGUUAAGGAGCUACGAAGUACCUGAUAGCUUGUUUGGCAAAGUUUGCAUUAUCAUUGACAAGAUUGAAAAAAUUCCAAUUGAUGAGAUCAAAAGAGAAUUAAAGUCAUGUGGGAUAUCAGAAGAGGCUAUUGAAGAGCUAUUACAUGUCCUUUCUGUGAAGUCGUUGAGCAAGCUGGAAGGUAGUUUUUUCUCAAUUUUAGGAGAGGAAAGAAGUACCAUGACUUUUUCUUUGCUUAAAGAGAAGGGCCUCCUACCAGAACUCAGACUUCAAGUAGACAACAUUGUGUGUGCUCUUGAUCAUGAUCUUCAAGGACCAGCUGCUACAGUUGCUACUAUUCUCAGACAGAAAGGCCAGAGUGUUGAUCUAGUCUUGGAAAACAAACCACUCAAAUGGGUGUUCAGGCGGGCAGCAAGGAUAAAUGCAAGCAGACUAAUACUGGUUGGAAAGAUUGAGUGGCAAAAGGGUAUGGUUGGUGUAAAAGUCCUCUCUUCUGGUGAACAAUAUGAGAUUAAACUUGAUGACCUUGAGUGAAAUUUUUCUUGUUUAUCACCACAUUAGAUCUAAAAUCUUCAAAUCAAUUGUUUCUUUCUAAUUUAUUUAUUUGUAUCUAUAAAUUUUUGUUGAGACAUUAAUAAAGAAAAUGCUAACAAUUGUUUUUGCUCGA